CGAACUACACAUCAGGAAAAGAGAGCGAGAGACAGAGAGACACAGAGAGAGACAGAGAGAGAGAGAGAGAGCACAAACACAAAACAACUAAGUUUGUGAAGAGAGAAGCUUUUGCACACAAAAAUGCCGAGGUCAUUUCUUGUGGAUUCGUUGAUUUUGAGGGAGGCAAGUGAUAAAGGAAAUGAAAACAAUCCACCUUUAUUUCCGUAUGCCGUACAUCCAUCGCACCCGCUCCACGGGCUUUCUCCGGGGUCCUGCCAUUCCAGGAAGUCGGGCUUGCUGUGCUUCUGCCCGCUUUGCGUGACCGCAUCACAACUACACCCAUCACCCCCGACGAUUCCGCUCCUCAAGGCGUCCUUCCCUGCCUUUGGUUCCCAGUACUGUCAUUCUGCACUGGCGAGGCAGCACACGUCCUCAACUAGUGUCAACCUCAACCACGGCCCUGGGAUAUACCAAGCUACAUACCCAGUGCCGGAUCCACGCCAGUUCCACUGCAUCUCCAUUGAGAGCAACAGCAGUCAACUCCAGAGCAGUAAGCGCAUGCGUACAGCCUUCACCAGCACUCAGCUCCUGGAACUAGAGAGGGAGUUCACUUCCAACAUGUACCUCUCCAGACUGAGGCGCAUAGAGAUUGCCACGUAUCUGAACCUCUCCGAAAAGCAGGUCAAGAUCUGGUUCCAGAAUCGCAGAGUCAAGCACAAGAAAGAGGGGAAGAAUGGCUCGCACCGGACGGGUUCUCACAGUUGUAAGUGUUCCUCUCUGUCAUCCGCGAGGUGUUCCGAGGAAGAAGACGACCUACCUAUGUCUCCUUCAUCGUCAGGGAAAGAAGACGCAGAGCUGUCUGUCACCCCGUAAACUUUCAAAUACCCCAGAGACUGUCGUGCCACCUGUUGGAUUCUGAACGCAGCCAAAAAGUUAACUGUACAUACUUCGUACUCUGUCAUCUGUAAAUACAGAAAAAUAUAUAUUCACUGGGAGUUUGUAAACCCCUGUAUUAUUGCAUAAUUGAGUACAUGCUGUAAGUUUGUAGUUUUUCUGAAAACGAUCAAUCUCAACCAAGAGUUGCCUAUCCAAAUUCAAUAUAAUCGCUGAAAGCGGUUUGAUAUUUGUAUAAUAAAUAUCAGAAAUUACUCAUAUAAAUAGCACAUUUGUUAGUGAUAUCUAUUUUUGGAAAAUAAAUAAUAGUUAAGUAUUUUGUAUCAAUGGUGAAUACUGUUUAGCUUUAUUACCGUCGACUUGGAUGGGAACGGAACUGAACUACGAAAUGUGUUUGGA